GGAAAGAGCAAUUGCCACUCACGGCCCAACCAAAAGGUUCCCCAUACCUCUUCUUCUCCCUCUCUUCUUCCACUUUUUGUUCUCUCUCUCUCUCUCUCACCCCCUGUAGCUAAAAGGAUGAGUCUUGAUUUAGAGGAGGAAACCGCAAGUGGGUCUUCGACAUCUGUAGCCAAGGAUGGCACACAGCUGGUGCCCAUGGAUCUUUUGGACGAGUACUGGUUCUUCCACAACACCCUCAAUACAAGAAGGCUCCCUCCAAGGUCUCCACCUUCUCCAAACAAAGGCAAUGAAUCAUCAGGUGUAGGUACUUCGACCGAGAAGCCCUCGGAGGACAUCCGGAUUGCCCCUCGUCCCUUGCUUGCAACUCCACCUCGCGUCGGACCGGACGGGGCUGGCCGAGAAGAGGUGGCAGUCCCUUCCGAGUCGAGCAAUCCCAAGCUGCGUCACUCUCUGAGUUCUUUGGAUGACCGUCACCGCCUACAGUACUCCUCUUCCAAGAGAAUAAUUGCACCUAUUCCAAGCAUUAAUUCAAGACGGCGACAGCCACGAGACAUCAGGGUUGAAGGGAUCAACAAGUAUUGUGCCAACCAGCAUUAUCUCAUCCGAGAAGCAAAUUAUCGGAAAGCAUUCCAAGAGAAGAAGUGGAAGAGCUUGAGUGACCUUGAAUUCAUUGAGGUGCAAGGAUUCAAGGACUUGGGCUUUGUGUUCGACGAGGAAGGGACGUCGAGUGCUAGCCUAGCAAAUGUGAUCCCGGGCCUUCGCGACAAGAAGGCCGGCGAAUUAGGCGACGACAAGGUGAGGAGACCGUAUCUAUCGGAGGCAUGGUUUGUGCAAAGAUCAGCCCCUCCCAUGAUCAAAUGGGUGGAUAAAAGAUCGGCGGCAGACAUGAAGGAGCAGCUGAAGUUUUGGGCCAGGGCCGUGGCGUGCAACGUCCGGCAGGAAUGCUAAGCACCAUUUCCGCAAACACAUUCAGUUGUAAUCCAUCCUUACUUGUAACGAGAAAGUUUGUUUACUUAUUAUCUAAGCUUUCCUGCAAGAAUAGAGUAUAACCCUCUCAAUGGUCAUCCCUAUAAAUCACCCGGGAGGCUGGAAUUCAACGCGGUAAAGCCAGGCUCGGCGUUAAGGAAACAAUAAAUUAUAUGAACUUGGUUAUAGUAUGAUACAGGUGAUAAUGAACAUUGUGUUGGGGAGAUGUGAGGCAUCUUUCCUGAAAA